UCUUGAUCUUCCAUUAAAGACAGACACUAACGUCCACGGAGCUCAACGAAUAUACAGCCAGGAGACGGCAUCACUGACGUUUUCCCGUUUCUUUUCUUAAGACUUCGCUGAUAGAUUUAUAGAUCGAACAAACAUUUGGAUUACACAUUUGUAUCACGAGUAGUUCUCUGAUGAAGCCCACCAACCGAUUUUAUAGAAGGGAAUGAAAAGGUCGAGAAUUAUCAGCUCAAUUGUUUUACUUUCAGUCCCGCUGCGAUUUCAUGGCAUCAACAAGCAAAAACUCGACCCCACUGGAUGAGGAUCAGGGAGAGGCGUUUGAACAUUUUGAUGAUUUCACUUUGGCAUCUUCAUGGGAAAGGCUCAUAUCUGAGGUAGAGGCGGUUUUCAGACAAUGGCUUGCUGAUGGCCCGAGAAAUUUAUUGAAGAAGGAUGCUGUUCCAUUGGAAGCCCCUGAAGGACUUCAUAAGGUCAAAUCUGAACUUAAGUGUGCUACUAAAAGCUAUCUGAUGGAGUACUAUUUUGACACUAAUAGUGAUGGAAAACUAAGUGAUUGGACUCAUGCACUGCAUGGUUUGCAGCUCUCCUUUGGGGUGAAAAACUUUCUGGUGAUUGCUCCCCAAAGUGCAAGUGGUGUGCUUCUUGAUAGACCAGAGGCCACCAAGCUGUUAAGUGCAGUUGCUAUUGCACUAUCUAACUGUUCCAGUUCGUGGCCCGCUUUUGUUCCAGUUCAUGAUCCAUCUCGUAAAGCUUUCAUUGGUAUUCAGAAUUUGGAUACACAUCUCACAAGAAGAUUUGAGGCUGACCGUAUGGGUAGUCAGGUUCCUGUGACGCUAUUGCACUAUGAGGGAUUAUUUGAGCUAUUUGUUUCAAAAUUUGCCUUCAAUACGGAUUUUUCAAUGCAUCUUUUCAAAGUGAACCUCAAGGUUAAGCUGACCUACAAGUCGCUUCCCAGUGAUGAUGAGGAUGAUACCCAAGAAAAUGAUGCUGAAAAACUAGAAUCUGAUGAGGGUCCUAUAAACUACAGGCAUAACAAGACACAGUGGGAUGAUGAUUGCCCUUGGAGUGAAUGGUACACAGUUGAGGACCCAAUAAAGGGAAUUGAAUUGUAUGCUCUAUGGCCUGAGACAACAGUUGGAAGCUCUGCAGAUAUGGCGGAAUUUGAAAAUGCUUCACCCUUUGAUGCUGAGAAGUGGUUGAUAUCUCCAAAUUUAUCUGAGGCUCUCAGAAAUAAUGGGAAAACCAUUGGAUUUGCAUCACAAUUGCAUUGUUUAGUUGCUGCUCUGGAUAAGUCAUUUCAGGCUCAAUUCAUAGAAGAUUUUGUAUCAGGUACGAA